AUGGCAUCCUCUUCUCAUAAUACUUUUGAUGGAUCAAAUGAUGAUGCUUUUGAUCAAUAUUUCGAUCAACGCUUUGAUCAAUAUUUCGAUCAAUAUUUUGAGCAAACGUUUGAGAAUUUAUCCAUUCAAAAUGGUGUUCAAGAAGAAAAGAGGAAAAAAAUAAAAAAACGAGUUUAUAUCGAGCGAAAUCGUGAAGAAGGCGACGUGCGUUUAUGGAAUGAUUAUUUCAGUGAAACUCCAACCUACCCUCACAAUCUAUUCCGACGACGAUUUAGAAUGAACAAGUCACUGUUCACGCGUAUUGUUGAUCGACUCUCCAAUGAAGUUCAAUUCUUUCAAGAAAAGAGAGAUGCUCUUGGAAGACGGAGUCUUUCUCCACUUCAAAAGUGUACAGCAGCCAUUCGUGUCUUAGCCUGUGGCAAUGCGGCUGAUGCGGUCGACGAAUACCUCCGACUCGGUGAAACAACUACACGGUCAUGUUUGGAAAAUUUUGUGGAAGGAAUAAUAAAUUUAUUCGGCAAUGAGUACCUCAGAAAACCAACACCGGCUGAUCUUCAACGUCUACUUGAUAUUGGAGAGUAUCGAGGAUUUCCCGGGAUGAUAGGAAGCAUCGACUGUAUGUACUGGGAAUGGAAGAAUUGUCCCACCGCUUGGAAAGGUCAAUAUUCACGUGGUUCGGGAAAACCAACAAUCGUUUUAGAGGCGGUUGCUUCGUAUGAUCUAUGGAUAUGGCAUGCGUUUUUUGGACCUCCAGGUACCUUAAAUGAUAUCAAUGUUCUUGAUCGCUCACCUGUUUUUGAUGACAUAAUUAAUGGUCAAGCUCCGCAAGUCACCUACACUGUGAAUGGAAGAGAGUAUCAUAUGGCUUACUAUCUCACCGAUGGUAUUUAUCCGAGAUGGGCAACUUUUAUCCAAUCCAUUCCAAUACCACAAGGUCCGAAAGCGGUUUUAUUUGCUCAACAUCAAGAAGCUGCCCGAAAAGAUGUCGAGCAGGCUUUUGGAGUCUUGCAAGCUCGCUUUGCCAUUAUUAAAAAUCCCGCACUUUUUUGGGAUAAAGUCAAAAUUGGAAAGAUUAUGCGAGCAUGUGUCAUCCUCCAUAAUAUGAUAGUGGAAGAUGAACGAGAUGGAUACACUCAUUUUGAUGUUUCAGAGUUCCAACAAGCCGAGGACAACGGAAGUUCACAUGUGGAUCUCGCGUAUUCUACAGAUAUCCCUACAAAUAUCGCCAAUAUGAUGGGUGUUCGAACUAGAAUUCGUGAUAGACAAAUGCAUCAACAACUCAAACAUGAUUUGGUUGAACAUAUAUGGCGAAAAUUUGGAGACAACAACUGAGCUCAAAUGUUUCGUUAAAUUAUCCUACUUUAUUUUUAAUCUAUGUUUUAAUGUUUUUAUUUUUAAAUAUAUGUUUAAAAUGUAAUAUUUUCCUAUAUUUUAUGUAAUAAAUUUUUUUAAAUAAAAUAAAACAAUGUUUAAUAA